CAAGAUGGCGGUCUGUGGACGUUAGCAAGAAGGCCGUUGGAGUUGUUGUGUUCUCUGUGAAUUUUCCUGUUUAACAUUAGGCCUCCCGUUAAGUUGCUUAACAUCGUUAACGUAAUGUGUUUAUGAAAUAGCUACUGAUAUAUUGUGAUUGAUAUAGUGAACUUCACUUAGACGUGCAUGUUUUGUAACAUGCGGGUGGAAACAAAGUUAACAGGUCGAGGGUAGGAAAACACCAGACGGGGUGAGGUGAUAGCUUGUUAGCAGCCAGCUAGCCUGCUAGCUCCGACUCGGUUAACCAUGUCGGACACUCGGCGGCGAGUGAAAUUGUAUACGCUAAACGAGGAUCGGCAGUGGGACGAUCGGGGUACCGGACACGUUUCGUCUACCUUUGUUGAACGGCUGAGAGGGGUAUCAUUAUUAGUUCGGGCCGAAUCAGACGGAUCAGUGCUGUUGGAGUCGGAGAUAAGCCCAAAUACCGCAUAUCAGAAACAGCAGGACACGCUGAUUGUCUGGUCGGAAGCAGAUAAUUAUGACCUUGCCCUAAGUUUCCAGGAAAAGGCUGGCUGCGAUGAGAUCUGGGAGAAGAUUUGCCAGGUUCAAGGCAAGGAUCCUGCCCUGGACAUCACCCAGGACCCUAUUGAUGAGUCGGAGGAGGAGCGCUUUGAGGAGAUUCCAGAGACGAGCCAUCUGGUAGAGCUCCCUCCAUGUGAACUAAGCCGACUGGAGGAGAUAGCCGAUCUGGUCACCUCUGUCCUGUCUUCGCCCAUCCGGAGGGAAAAACUAGCUCUGGCCCUGGUGAGCGAGGGCUACAUCAAGAAACUCCUGGGUCUCUUCAGAGUAUGUGAGGACCUGGACAACAGGGAAGGCCUACAUCACCUCUAUGAGAUUGUCCGAGGUGUUUUGUUCCUCAACAAAGCAGCCCUCUUUGAGGUGAUGUUCUCUGACGACUGUAUCAUGGAUGUGGUGGGCUGCCUUGAGUAUGACCCAGCGCUGGUUCAGCCUAAACGGCACCGGGAAUUCUUGACCAAGACCGCAAAGUUUAAGGAGGUGAUCCCUAUCACAGACUCUGAGCUGCGGCAGAAGAUCCACCAGACCUACCGGGUGCAGUACAUCCAGGACAUCAUCCUGCCCACACCGUCUGUCUUUGAGGAGAACUUCCUGUCCACACUCACCUCCUUCAUCUUCUUCAACAAGGUGGAGAUUGUCAGUAUGCUGCAGGAGGAUGAGAAGUUUCUAACGGAGGUCUUUGCACAGCUCACAGAUGAAGCCACAGAGGACAGUAAAAGGAGAGAGCUUGUGAACUUUGUCAAAGAAUUUUGUGCAUUCUCACAAACGUUGCAGCCGCAAAACAGGGACGCUUUCUUCAAAACUCUGGCAAAUCUAGGCAUUUUACCUGCUCUUGAAAUAGUCAUGGGAAUGGAUGACCUGCAGGUGAGGGCAGCAGCUACAGACAUCUUCUCUUACCUGGUGGAAUUCAGCCCCUCCAUGGUCAGGGAGUUUGUCAUGCAAGAGCCACAGCAGACAGACGAUGACGUUCUGCUGAUAAAUGUUGUGAUCAAGCAGAUGAUUUGUGACUCUGACCCAGAGUUAGGAGGGGCCGUCCAGCUGAUGGGUCUGCUCAGGACGCUCAUCGACCCCGAGAACAUGUUGGCUUCCACCAAUAAAACUGAGAAGACAGAAUUUCUGAGCUUCUUCUACAAGUACUGCAUGCAUGUCCUGACUGCUCCUCUGCUGGCCAACACGGCACAUGACAAAAUCUCAAAAGAUCUGCAGGAGGGAUCAACUAAGAUCAAUCCAGUCUGUCCAGACAACUUCCAGACGGCUCAGCUGCUGGCACUGAUCCUGGAGCUUCUGACCUUCUGUGUGGAGCACCACACAUAUCACAUCAAGACCUACAUCAUGAACAAAGACCUGCUCAGGAGAGUGCUGGUGCUCAUGAACUCAAAACACACCUUUCUGGCUCUUUGUGCCCUGCGUUUCAUGCGCAGGAUCAUUGGUCUGAAGGAUGAGUAUUACAACCGCUACAUCAUCAAAGGGAACUUGUUUGAGCCUGUCAUUAAUGCCCUGCUGGACAAUGGCACCCGAUACAACCUCCUCAACUCAGCCAUCAUUGAGCUCUUUGAGUUCAUUAAAGUGGAGGACAUCAAGUCUCUCAUAGCUCACAUUGUGGAUAACUUCUACAAAGCACUUGAAUCCAUUGAAUACGUCCAGACUUUCAAGGGCCUGAAAGGGCGGUACGAGCAGGAAAAAGACAGGCAGAGUCAGAGACUCAACAGAUAUCGCAGAGAUGCUCGGUCGUUGGACGAGGAUGAGGAGCUGUGGUUCAAUGACGACGACGAUGAUGAUGAUGGAGAGGCUGUGGAGAAGAGCCGAAUGGAGGAUGACUUCUCCGACAGCUACGGCAAGUACAUGGAAGCCAAAAAAGGAGCUGCCAACGGAGCUAAUGGUGCCAACAACAACGGGAAAGCUGCUGCAAUCCCACCUGCCUCACCUGCCGUCACUCCGAACAACAGUUCAACUUCCUCUGUCAAAACUGUUGCUCUUCCUGCCACACCAGUCGUGAAGACUGCUCUGGUUGGUUUGGUGGACUACCCUGACGAUGAGGACGAGGAGGAAGAAGAUGAAGAAGAGCAGUCUCCGAGGAAGCGGCCCCGCCUGAGCUCUUAAGGCUGAUUGUCCUCUGUUUGAUCGUGGUGGACGGACACUGAGUCCCUCCCAUCCUCCCUCCUCUGGUCGUCUCAUUGGUCCUUGGCCCGCCCGUGCCACCUGUCAGUCUCACUGAGGAGACGGGCAAAGAUGAGCUCCCACCUCACUCAGUCCUUCCUGAUCUCUGCUCCUCUUUUCUCCCUCAGUGGAAGGAGAUGGAGAGCUUCUCUUUUGCAAAGAAAGACGGAUCAGUCUGUUCCUUCAGCCCGCAGAUUUUACCUCUUCCAUUUUACCAACUGCCUCCUCUAGGAGAUCACAAAAACUCUUUUUUUCUCACUGACCCUUUGCAAACUCAUCACUCCUGUCUCUCAUAGCACCCUCCUGCUCUCCUCCUGAACAACUUUCUCCUCGUCAUUCACCAUCCUUUGUACCGACCGGAGAGUCUGCAGUGGAUAUAACGGUGCCAAGGCGGUUCCCAACUCUGCUCUGUUGCUAUAGCAACAGCAGCAAGGAAGCUGCGGUACUAAAGCAACCUCGCAGGAACCCUCACGUCCUCAUUUGAACUCUCCCCUCCAUCCACGUCGAACCCGAACCAAUGAGCUCCAGAGACAAGAGGAAGCCGGAACACAUCCAGCCAGUGUACGAACUGUUCAGCAGGCCAGUCAGGCUAGCAGGACUAGCCGUCAUAGUUAUAGAAAAAGCUUGACUGGCUGAAGUAGUGUGUGCCGCCCUGCCACAGAACUGUUCACUUUUGUCGGGUAGAGAGAGAUCUAGGCAGCAUAGAAGAAUUACACAAUAUGUUGAGAGACAAGGGAGGGGACAGAUGACAAAAUGUACCAGGAUGAACACUCAGCAGUAAUGAGAUCCAGAGGAGCCGGACUCAAACCUUCAAAAGCCAUGGCGUCAGUUUGGCCAAGGCACACACAGAAACACACACAACGUCUCACACACAGGACUGCGUUAGCCAGAAAUCCUGUAUUUCCUGAAUUUGUUAAAAAGUACUGUACAGAUGUUAUUUUUUUUUCUUUUUAAUCAUUUGCCCCUGAUCUGAUUUUCAAAGGGGAGACAGACACCUACCUACCUGUGUAUUUUUGUUGUUGUUGCACAAAAGGUGGGGUCACUGUUCACCCUUUCAGUCCAGUUCAUUUGAUUCAAUGUAAAAUGCAGAGAAGUUGCAAAUGCUGGUUUUAAAAAUAACGUAUUAAAACUGCAGUAAAGUCCUUUUUGCAGCCAACAUUU